CUCGAUCAUAAUAAGCAACACUUACUUCAUAUAAAUACGUGGCAGUUUUAAAAACACAGUUGACGUCACUCACUUUAACUUUUAAUCCUGGAUUAACCAACCUAGUUGGUCACAUAAACCUUUGUACAGUUAGUGACGACGCGACGGGACACCACUGUUUCAAACGUGGUGAACUACAUAACGAGGGUUUUAAUAAUGGAAAUGUGGAUGUUCAGACCAGCAGUUAUCCUCUUGGGGUUCUCACUGAUGCAAAUUAACGUUCCUCUCACAUCUUCCUGUCAUAUUUUACCACUUUUAAGAAUGGGCAAUUUUACGUCAUCCCAUACAGGGAGAUCAUCCAGUACGGCCUGUGUGCAGUAUGUUAAUGAGGUGGUGUCACAGAACUGUGUUGUGAUAUUUUCCAAGACCACGUGCCCAUACUGCAAAAUGGCCAAAAAUGUGUUCAAUGAAAUAGGCGCCACUUACAAAGUUAUUGAACUUGAUGAACACAAUGAAGGGAGGAGACUACAAGAGGCCUUAGCUCAGGUGACUGGUGCCAGAACGGUGCCAAGAGUCUUCAUUAAUGGAAGCUGCAUCGGGGGUGGCUCGGAUACCAAACAGCUCCAUCAGCAGGGCAAGUUAGUGCCCCUAAUCAAACAGUGUGCUCCCUGCUGUGCUGCAAGCAACGCCGAAGGCUCAGGCAGUGGACAGUUUGCAAAAUGACUAACCGUUUUGCUUUCUUUCAAACAUGUAUUUAUUGAAUGUUUGCUGGAUCUUUUCUUUGAAAUUGCGUAUGACUUGAACACAGUUGUUUUUAACAAAGUGCACUCAAUACUUGAUGCGUGAUGCACAUUUUCAUCCCGCAAUUUAUUACAACUUUGACAUGAUGUGCUUCAAUGUCUGUAUGGCUUGAAACACAGUUGUUUUUAUUUAUCAAAGUACAUAUUUAACGUUGAAAUAUUCAUGAUGUAAAAAAUGAUCUAAUUAAAUUUCCAUUGGACACUACCUCUAGUGUGAUAUGCAUAUUUUAUGGGGCUCAUUGAAAUAAAACAUUUUAUUGAAAAACA